GCGGCCACUGCGAAGCAGAAGUAGCUCCGGCUGCGCAGGGUGCGCUCGGAGCCAGAGCCGGAGCCAGAACCCGGAGGGGGCGCUGCGCGGGGACCCGAGCCCGAUCUUGGCGCGGGCAGCCUCCCAUUCCUUUCUCCUGACUCCUUCCUCCUCCCCGGGGUGUCCGACAAUGACCACCAUGGUCAACGUGGACGCCCUUCCGGAAUACGAGAAGAGCCAGAUCAAGCGAGCCCUGGAGCUGGGGACGGUCAUGACAGUGUUCAGCUUCCGGAAGUCCACGCCUGAGCGCAGGACCGUCCAGGUGAUCAUGGAGACGAGGCAGGUGGCCUGGAGCAAGACCGCGGACAAGAUCGAGGGCUUCCUGGAUAUCAUGGAAAUCAAGGAAAUUCGCCCAGGGAAGAACUCCAAGGACUUCGAGCGUGCAAAGGCAGUCCGCCAGAAGGAAGACUGCUGCUUCACCGUCUUUUACGGCACCCAUUUCGUCCUCAGCACACUCAGUUUGGCAACUGACUCCAGAGAGGAUGCAAUUAGGUGGCUCUCAGGCCUGAAAAUCUUGCACCAAGAAGCAGUGAGUGCGUCCACGCCCACCAUCAUUGAGAGUUGGCUGAGAAAACAGAUUUAUUCAGUAGAUCAAACCAGAAGGAACAGCAUCAGCCUCCGAGAGUUAAAGGCCAUCUUACCCCUGGUCAACUUCAAAGUGAGCAGUGCCAAGUUCCUCAAAGACAAGUUCGUGGAAAUUGGCGCACACAAAGACGAGCUCAGCUUUGAACAGUUUCAUCUCUUCUAUAAAAAACUCAUGUUUGAGCAGCAAAAACUGAUUCUUGACGAAUUCAAAAAGGAUUCCUCUGUAUUCAUCCUGGGGAACACGGACCGGCCAGAUGGCUCUGCCGUUUACCUGCAGGACUUCCAGAGGUUUCUCAUACACGAGCAGCAGGAGCUUUGGGCUCAGGAUCUAAACAAAGUCCGGGAGCGGAUGACAAAGUUUAUCGACGACACCAUGAGGGAGACUGCUGAGCCCUUCUUGUUUGUAGACGAGUUCCUCACGUACCUGUUUUCCCGAGAAAACAGCAUCUGGGACGGGAAGCACGACGCGGUCGACAUGCAGGACAUGAACAACCCCUUGUCCCACUACUGGAUCUCCUCAUCCCACAACACUCUAAUCGAGAUGACUUGGCCUGAGCGCUUAGCACUGCACCCGGUAGAUGGUAAAUGGGAGCUGAGCCCUGGGGUGCGUGGCCCUCCCUGGACAGGUCGACAACCCCUACCUCUGGGCUGUGCCCCAGCUCAGGCAUUUCCCGGUCCUAUGGGGCAUGGGGCCAGCGCCUGCUGGACCCCAGCUCCCCUGCCCUUCUGCUGCAGCUUCCCUGUGAUCCUGUCCAUCGAGGAGCACUGCAGCGUGGAGCAGCAGCGGUACAUGGCCAGGGUGUUCAAGGAGGUGCUCGGUGACCUGCUGUUGACCAAGCCCACGGAAGCCAGCGCUGACCAGCUGCCCUCGCCCAGCCAGCUGCGGGAAAAGAUCAUCAUCAAGCAUAAGAAGCUGGGCCCCCGAGGUGAUGUGGAUGUGAACGUGGAGGACAAGAAAGAUGAGCAGAAGCAACAGGGUGAACUGUACAUGUGGGACUCCAUCGACCAGAAGUGGACUCGGCACUACUGCGCCAUUGCCGAUGCCAAGCUGUCCUUCAGUGAUGACAUUGAGCAGGCUGUGGAGGAGGAACUGUCCCAGGACGUCCCAGCCAUAGAGCUGCAUUUGGGGGAGAAAUGGUUCCACAAGAAGAUGGAGAAGAGGACGAGUGCGGAGAGGCUGCUGCAGGAGUACUGUGCUGAGGCGGGGGCCAAGGAUGGCACCUUUCUGGUGCGGGAGAGCGAGAGCCACCCAAAUGCCUACACCUUGUCCUUCUGGCGGUUGGGCCGCGUGCAGCACUGCCUGAUCCGCUCCACCGUGGAGAACGGGACCAUGAAGUACUACCUGACUGACAACCUCAAGUUCAGCAGCAUCUACGACCUCGUCCAGCACUACCGCGAGUCGUACCUGCGCUGUGCCGAGUUCGAGCUGCGGCUCACAGACCCGGUGCCCAACCCGAACCCACAUGAGUCCAAGCCGUGGUACUAUGAUGGGCUGAGCCGUGGGGAGGCGGAGGACAUGCUGAUGAGGAUUCCUCGAGAUGGAGCAUUCCUCAUCCGGAAGCGGGAAAGGAAACAGGAAGGGAUGGAGGACUCCUACGCCAUCACCUUCAGGGCCAGGGGCAAGGUGAAACACUGUCGCAUCAACCGAGAUGGCCGCCACUUUGUGCUAGGGACGUCUGCUUACUUUGAGAGCCUGGUAGAGCUCGUCAGUUACUACGAGAAACACACUCUCUAUCGAAAGAUGCGGCUCCGCUACCCUGUGACUCCCGAGCUCCUUGAGCGCUACAAUAUGGAAAGAGACAUAAACUCCCUGUAUGACGUCAGUAGGAUGUAUGUGGAUCCAAGUGAGAUCAACCCUUCCAUGCCUCAGAGAACUGUGAAAGCUCUGUACGAUUACAAAGCCAAGCGCAGCGAUGAGCUAAGCUUCUGCCGCGGUGCCCUCAUCCACAACGUCUCCAAGGAACCCGGGGGCUGGUGGAAAGGUGACUACGGCACCCGAAUCCAGCAGUACUUCCCGUCCAACUACGUGGAGGACAUCUCCACGGCAGAGGGGGAGGAGCUGGAGAAGCAGAUUAUUGAAGAUAACCCCCUAGGGUCUCUUUGCAGAGGAAUAUUGGACCUCAACACCUACAACGUUGUGAAAGCUCCACAGGGGAAAAACCAGAAGCCUUUCGUCUUUAUCCUGGAGCCCAAGAAGCACGGUGACCCUCCAGUGGAGUUCGCCACUGACAGGGUGGAGGAGCUCUUUGAGUGGUUUCACAGCAUCCGGGAGAUCACCUGGAAGAUCGACACCAAGGUGAGCCGGUGUUCACUGAGCACAGGUGGGCCCUGGGGCUCUUCUGGGGCUGUGGAUGGCUCAGGCUGCAGGAGGAGCAGGGCCAGGAAUUUGGCUGCACAGAAUUCCAGGGGAAGAUGUGGACAUAGAUGGCAGGAGGUUACAGGUAGAGGAGGAUGCACUGAGGGCCCCCAGGAGGCAUCAGAAGGCUCCCUCACCUCUCUGUGUGCAGAGAACCCCGACUUCCGAGAAAUCCGCUCCUUCGUGGAGACGAAGGCUGACAGCAUCAUUAGACAGAAGCCCGAGGAUCUCUUGAGGUAUAAUCAGAAAGGCCUGACCCGCGUCUACCCGAAGGGACAGAGGGUUGACUCUUCAAACUACGAUCCUUUUCGCCUGUGGCUGUGUGGUUCCCAGAUGGUGGCUCUCAAUUUCCAGACCGCAGACAAGUACAUGCAGAUGAAUCAUGCAUUGUUUUCACUCAAUGGGCGGACGGGCUAUGUCCUGCAACCGGAGAUUAUGCGGACAGGGAAGUAUGACCCGAUGCCACCAGAGUCACAGCGGAAGAUCCAGAUGACUCUCACCAUCAAGGUCCUUGGUGCUCGCCACCUACCCAAGCCUGGACGAAGUAUUGCUUGUCCCUUUGUAGAGGUGGAAAUCUGUGGGGCAGAGUAUGACAACAAUAAAUUCAAGACAACAGUCGUGAAUGACAAUGGUCUCAGCCCUGUUUGGGCUUCAACACAGGAGAAGGUGACAUUUGAAAUUUAUGACCCAAACCUCGCAUUUCUACGCUUUGUGGUUUAUGAGGAAGACAUAUUCAGUGAUCCCAACUUCCUUGCUCACGCCACUUACCCCAUUAAAGGGAUCAAAUCAGGGUUUCGAUCUGUUCCUCUGAAGAAUGGCUACAGUGAGGACAUCGAACUGGCUUCCCUCCUGGUUUUCUGCGAGAUGCGGCCAGUUCUGGAGAGUGAGGAGGAACUCUACUCCUCCUGUCGGCAGCUGCGAAGGAGGCAAGAAGAGCUGAACAACCAGUUAUUUCUCUACGACACACAGCAGAACUUGCGCAUUGCCAACCGGGACGCCCUUGUCAAAGAGUUCAACGUCAAUGAGAACCAGCUGCAGCUGUACCAGGAGAAGUGCAACCGAAGGUUGCGAGAGAAAAGAGUCAGCAACAGCAAGUUCUACUCAUAGAAGCCGGUGUACAUGUGUAAGUGUGUGGUGUGUGCAUGUGGAGGACGGUGCUCUGUUCCAUCCCAUGUAAGAGACUACUGUGUGGCAUCAUCCUCUCUCCAGUCUGCCAUCAACAUGACAUUUGUGAAGAAGACCCAACGGGCACAAGUCGGGUUAACUUCCUGCUAGUGUUUUGAUACAAACAGCCUUUUAUUGAAAAGUAAAAGUUUGCAUUUGGCUUGCCUUUUCACAAUUAAGUGUGAUCUUUGCUGCUGUAUGCAUGCUGAUAAUUUGUCAAACUGUGGCUCGUACAAAUUGAUACCUUGGUUCACAAACUUCAUUCUUUCUACACCUCUGGGUGCAAACCAAGUUGAACGAGAACCAAAUCAAAUUCUACCAUUAGGUUCAAUGUUGACCUUAUGGGGAAAUUUGAUUCAGGUCCUGUCCAGGUCAGUUUGUGGCCAGAAUCAUGUAGAGAAUUGCCUUCAAGACCUGAAGUGCCACUGUACUUCAUUAGUUUGAGAGCAUCACAUACAGCGCUCAUGUCAUCUGUUAGUCUGGUUUCUUGUAUCAGAUUUGAUAUAUUCAGAGCUGAAAGCAGCUGCUCACAAGCAUACGAUGAUCCAAAGUAAGAAAGCAAUCCCACGUUAUUUCAUUGACUUGAAAUUAUUUGGCAGAGAAUUCCACACUUUAAGGAUUUCCUUUUCAGAACUACCAGCUGUGCUGUCCUCUGUCAUCCCUUUACAUUCUGUCUUCUCAAGUGUUGCAUGCAGGUCAUAGGAUUUGUUUUUCCAGAUAGACCUUGCUUGAAAUUCCAAUAGCUCCACUUCAGAUUUCCCAAAUCUAACCAGUGUAAGCAGGAAAGAUGAAGUUCUUUAAAUUUGACUUUAUCUGGAGAAGUAAGAAAACACAGGCUGGUCUCCAUCUAAAGAACUAUAAAAAUCUUGCAGUAAAAUUCUGCUUUGCAGCUGCUACAAUGCUAGAAAAUCUAAUGGAGGUUCCUGAUGGCUUGUAGGACUGUCUCUAAAUGUAAAAUUUUCUAAAUGUAUUUUUAGAUUUUGAAAAUAUUUCAGCUGCCUAUUUUCAGGUUCUCUUUCAAAAACCUGCACUUUUCUCUCAAAUGUUUGGAUAUCAUAAGACAUCCCAGCUGGGUGUGGUGGCACACACCCGUAAUCUCAGCACUCUGGAGGCUGAGGCUGGAGGAUCGCAGUGAGUUUGAAACCAGCCUGAGCUACAUAAGUGAGUUCAAGGCCAGUGAGAUCCUAUCUCAAAAAAUAAACCAACGAAAGACAUCCUUUCUU